CUGCUACUGUUUGGAUAAACACAGCGCUAGUUCAGUUGUGGGGUUUCUUCUGUCCGUGUCGCUUCUCUCGGCACUUGUCAGCGCUCAUCUCGAUCGCGCAGCAUAGCAGUAUUAUGCGAGUAUCAUUCGGGGUGUGGCAGCACCGUGUCAAGUGAGUUUCCCAGAAUCAUCUAUAUGGGCCAUCUUCUCUCGAAAAAUGGUUACCACCUAAAGAAAAGGACACGGAAGUUGAAUCACAGGAAGAAGAAGAAAAGGAACUGUUUCCUGCAGGGGCCUUGCAUGCUGUGCUUUAUUGUACACAGCAACAGCAGCGGUCUUGACGACGACAACCAUUUGGAAGGAGGUGCCAACGGCAGCAGGUGCCGUCACAACAGCAUCACUGGAAUCAGUGUCCCUGUUGUGGGUGGAAUUGGCAUUGGAGCAGCAGCUGCCUCGAAGUUCGCUGAGCGAUACGCAACACUUGGAUCUUCUGAGGACUGCUCCAAGUUCCUGUUGUCACCAAGGGAACUAGCCAUCUGGGAGGGCCAGGGGAGGAGCCUAUUAUCAGCUGUUCCUGCUAAACUGAUUCCACCUCCGUCACUGUUUCGAACAGCUGGGGUGUCUGUGACUUUGCCCAUACCUGUGCCUGUGCCUGGCUGCACCAGUGACUACACUGAGAUGGUGUGUAAGAGAAAGUGCUCAGAGGUGCAGAGAUGCACCCCAUGUAAGCAGCCGCGCUGUGCCUUCACUGCUCCUGAUGGAGGGCUGGGGAAUGGAGGAGUGGGAGAAGGUGGAGUAGAUGCUGCCUCAAACUCUGAAACUGGCCACUGUCACCUUCCUCUCUGUCCACUUCCCUCUUCCUCUUCUUCUUCUUCUGCCUCCUUUGCCUCCUCUUCUUCCUCCUCGCCUGCCGAUGGCUUCUGCGGGUUGGGUCUUCAUGCUGAUUUGCCUCACAGUUCAGACUCGUCCCCCUGCUGCCUACACCAUUAUGAAAAUUGCCAGGCGAGAAGUUCUGAUGCUGCUGAUUACUUAAGUAUCAACCACUUGCCUUCUUCCAUCCUUCUUAAGGUGCUCUCUCACUUGACAGUGAAAGAGCGCUGUCUGUGUGCCUCACUGGUUUGUAAAUAUUGGAGAGACCUCUGCUUGGACUUCCAGUUCUGGAAGCAAAUUGACCUCAGUGGCCUACAACGAGUAAAUGAUGAUCUCCUGGUGAAAAUAGCCUCUCGUAGACAGAAUGUGACAGAGAUUAAUAUCUCAGAUUGCAGAGGCGUCCGUGACCAUGGUGUGUCCUCUCUGGCCUCACACUGUCCAGGCCUGCAGAAGUACACAGCCUACCGCUGCAAGCAGCUGGGUGACAUGUCCCUGUCAGCCUUAGCUACACACUGCCCUCUGCUGGUGAAGGUGCAUGUGGGCAACCAGGACAAACUAACAGAUGAAUCCCUAAAACAGCUGGGAGAGCACUGCAGUGAGCUGAAAGACAUCCACUUGGGCCAGUGCUACAGUAUCACAGAUGAAGGCAUGGUGGCCUUGGCUAGAGGAUGCCCUAAACUGCAGAGACUCUACUUGCAAGAGAACAAAAUGGUCACUGAUCGAUCCAUGCGAGCAGUUGCAGAGCAUUGUCCCGAGCUGCAGUUUGUUGGCUUCAUGGGAUGCCCUGUGACCUCUCAGGGUGUCAUCCAUCUCACUGAGCUGCGUAACCUGAGUGUCCUGGAUCUGCGGCACAUCUCAGAGCUCAACAACGAGACAGUGAUGGAGGUGGUGAGGAAAUGUCGCAACCUCAGCUCCCUCAACCUCUGCCUCAACUGGAGCAUCAAUGACAGGUGUGUGGAAAUCAUCGCCAAGGAGGGGAGAAGUCUGAAGGAGCUCUAUCUUGUGUCUUGUAAAAUCACUGACCACGCUCUGAUAGCCAUAGGCCAGUACAGCAGUACCAUAGAGACUGUGGAUGCUGGCUGGUGUAAGGACAUCACAGACCAAGGAGCCACACAGAUCGCUCAGAGCAGCAAGUCCCUCCGCUACCUGGGCCUCAUGAGAUGUGACAAGGUGAACGAGGAGACUGUGGAGAGGCUGGUAGUCCAGUACCCUCACAUUGUUUUCAGCACAGUGAUGCAAGACUGCAAGAGAACCCUGGAGAGAGCUUAUCAAAUGGGCUGGAGCCCCAACACGUCGAACACUUCGUAGCUACUGCUGAAUCACACUCGCACAUACUGACAUACUCAUGCAAACAAAAAGGUGGCCACAACCAGAGAAGCCCUUUUUGUGUGUGGACACACAUACACGAAAUUUGCAGCUCAGUCACAUUUGCUUCUCAUCCACUGUUCAAACUUGCAUGUGAACACAUAGCCACACAUUCAGUUUUAAAGUUUAAAAGACAAAGGUCCACUCUGUCAACUGUUUCAUUUGCAGCAAAUUUCUCAUUUUAAAAAUUUAAGUAAAGUAAUGGCUUCCUGGCAUUUUAGAUUUAAGUGAGAUGUCAGUCACAUGCCAAUCUUAGGUUAUACUCAACAAUUUGACUGUAUCUUCCUCACAGUUUCAUUUGAUAUCUGCUAUAAGUGAAGGUUGGUCAGCUGAUAGAAUAUUCAGUCUCAUUCAUUUUAAGCUCUCAGAAGGGGGUGGUCUGGUCAUGAAUAUGUGAAAAAGAUUUUUGUUUUUAAAAAGCUCAAUUAAAUAAUAAUUGGACCAAGAUAAUAAAAAAAAGAUUAAAAGAAAAGUUUGUUGCCCUAACUUGAACCAGUGUUCCAGAGCACUGCAGCCAUUUCAGUCCAAAGAGCUGUUUCUCCAAACUGAAAUCAGCUGCUGCAGUGAGGUCACGCAAGACAGAACAGCGACUUGAAGAUCAGGAGUCAACAUCUGGCCACUUCAGACUGGAAGACACCUGAGCCGCCAGGGCAACAGACCUUAAUUAAGGCAUUUUGUCAUGUUUAUUUUGUCCAAUUAGACCACUGUUUUCUUUCUUGGAUGUUCAUACAGUGUUAAAGGCAUUUCUGGGCUCACACAUGUUGCAGUUGUUGACUAAUCUCUGUUUGAGGGCUGUGACUCAGUACACACAUUGUUGUGGUACAGACCAGAAUCUGUCAAAACCCUGGCAAAGGUGUGGCAGGAAAACAGCACUGAUUAUAUUUUAAAAGUGCAUGCUUACUUUAAGAUCCUUGCCAUAUUUUCUCAGCUGGAUACAGAGUACCUAUGGCCCGAAACUGAAAUGAACAAAUGUAUGACUUGAGAUCAAUGCUGCUUUUAUUGCCAUGCAUAGAUUUACUGUUGACCUGGCAUCACCUUGAGUCAUCACAGAAUUAAGUUAAACAGUGUUCGAAAUAGAAGUUUUCUUUACCUAAGACUCCCAGAUCUUUUUAUCAAAAUAUUAACCACAACCACCUUGAUGACAGGUAGGAGGAAACAUUGCCUAGGUAGUUUCCAUUCAGUUAGCAACAUGCAGUCAACCAUGAAUUUAUUAGAGAAAGGUUUAUCUGCUCUGCGUUUAUCAGAUACCAUAAUCCCAUUAUUUGAACUGCUACAAUAUAUACAUAUAUAAAUAAAUACUGUGUGGGAUUUACUUAGCUUAAUUAUUGUUUUGAGCAUAUACUUGUAAUAUUAGCUAUGUAGCAGUGCAGUGAGGGAUUUAUCUUCGUAGUGUGUAUGUAAAGAAAAAAUCUGGCUUGGACCUAAACUAGAGCCAGUGAAAUAUGGUAGGCGAGAGCUGAGCAUUUUUCAUCUAUUCUAUAGAAACUCACUAGUGUACAGUUAAAAAUGCAAAUAACCACAGUAUUUUUCUACGGUGUGAACCAGCUCUGGGCUCAGCCUCCACACACUGUCACUCACAUAUAAACAACAGCUUACUGAGCUUAGGGUUUGAGCAGAACUGUAAACUUUCUACAGUAUAUAGAGAUUUCAGAUGAUUAAAAACACAUUCAUUUUACCCUUGUCAGGAUUUGUAGACUAGCCAAUGGAGAGUUUAUUCCUUUGUCUGUUUUUCUUCUCUUUCUGUUCUUUUGUAAUCCCCAUAUCCACUUUCUUCUCUGCUAGAUGUUGACACACUUGAUUCCUGAUUUGUUAAGGCAACCAUAAAUGACUGGAUUUACAUAAAGAUGAAUAAAACACUACUGCUUCAA